CAGAGUCCUUUCACUGGAUAGGAAUUAGCCGCUACCCCAAAAAUACGGUUCAGGAAUUCAACAUCUGCAUCCAGAUAAACGUUGUGAGGGGGCGGUUCCAUGGAGAUUACGUCAGUGCUCUAACUCACUCAAGUUUACAAAUUGCGCGCGGCAGUGUAACCGUGUUUGUAUCUCAUAACGAAAGAGUUUUCUGGGUCCCGCGCAAAUUUCUGUUGGUGGGAAAAUGGAUGAAGUAGCUAGUGAAUUGAAGCAAACUCUUCCUUAUUCAUUUGAUAAUCUUCAAGUUUAUGUAGAAGUCCUACAAAAAUCAAACAGUGCAGCAAAGCGUGAAGAUGUACAAGCCCAUGUUAAGGAAUUAUUAAAAAAGCACACCAUUUUGUUUGGAGAUUAUACCUGGACAGAGUUUGAUGACAGCUUUUUGGUGAAAAAUGUGGUUUCUGUCUCCAUUGUUGACACAGAACUAAGAUUUAAAGAGCGGCAGCUUGUUGAUCUGUGUAAGUGCAAUGUAUUCAUUAGUGUCUUCCAUUUAUCUGAAGAAGGUCCCUGUGCAGAAAGUCUAGAAGAUGAAAAUGCAGAUCUUGUAGCUGCUAACCACUGGCAACUUCCAGCUGCUAACUUUCAUGGUCUCUGGGAGAGUCUAAUAUAUGAUUCUGAAGUGAAAUCUAACCUUUUAGAUUACGUUACAACAACUUUGAUUUUUUCUGACAAAAAUGUUGAUAGCAAUAUAAUCGCUUGGAAUAGAGUUGUGCUUUUACAUGGGCCUCCUGGAACAGGCAAAACAUCACUGUGCAAAGCAGCAGCACAGAAACUGACAAUUAGAUUGUCACAUAGGUACAAAUAUGGUCAGUUGAUUGAGAUCAACAGCCACAGUCUUUUUUCAAAGUGGUUUUCUGAGAGUGGAAAAUUGGUAACAAAGAUGUUUCAGAAGAUUCAUGAGCUGAUUUAUGACCAAGAAGUUCUUGUGUUUGUGUUGAUUGAUGAGGUUGAAAGCCUUACAGCUGCACGAAAUGCAUCCCAAGGAAAUACUGAACCAUCUGAUGCCAUUCGUGUAGUAAAUGCUGUUUUGACACAAAUAGAUCAGAUAAAACGGUACCCCAAUGUGGUAAUCUUGACCACAUCGAACAUCACUGAGAAAAUAGAUGCCGCUUUUGUAGACAGGGCCGAUCUUAAGCUUUAUAUAGGACUGCCAUCUUCUGCUGCUAUAUUCAACAUUUACCUGUCCUGUAUAGAAGAACUUAUGAAGUGUCAAAUAAUAUAUCCAAGACAACAACUACUAACUUUAAGAGACCUAGAAAUGAUUGGCUAUGUGGAAAAUAAAGUAUCAAAACUCAGUCUGCUAUUGAAUGAUAUUUCCAGUAAGAGUGAGGGGCUUAGUGGAAGGGUUCUUAGGAAACUUCCAUUUUUGGCACAUGCACUUUACAUACAAUCCCCUGCAGUUACCAUUGAGAGAUUCCUUGAGGCGCUUUCACUGGCAGUGCUGAAACAGUUUGAAGAAAGAAAACAGCUUUGAAGCACAAGUUACUUUGAGACACACUGUAUUCAUGUUGCCUAUUGAUGGUCCAGAAGUAAUAAAAAUAUACAUUUGUGACUAGAAGUAUGUGCGGUAAAGUGUAUAUAUUUGUAUGCCAAGAAACACAUGUACAACAUUAAAUUAAACAUAAAAUUAAAAGCGAUAA